AUGGUGAGGGGUAAAGAGUACCUUCGCCUUUGUCGCCGCAAAAACGGGAGGCAGCAACUGGAUUUGAAACAGCAGCAGGUCCCGCAACAAAACGGCCUCGAUUUAACAAACAGAGGUCAGCCCGCAGUCUCACUCCCCGUCCGCGUCCUGCGCAGUACCUUCAGGAUGCUCUCGGUCGGGAAACCUGGAGCACCGGCGCCUGCUGCAUUGCAGGAGCUUGAAGACCAAGACAGCCUGGACCUUUCGGACGAGACAAAGUCUCAAUGCAGGAUCAGUGUCAUCGCAACUCUUCCCGACAUAGACCCCGAGUACCUGACCCGUGUCUGCACUGAGGCCCAAUGGGAUCCAAAUCGGGUCAUCGACCGCAUUUUCGACCAAGUGGAGAAUGGUGAACCGUAUCCCCGGGUACCGAAGCCAAAUUCAUUGAAGAGAAAGCGAGAAGACGAUGAUGAAGCGUCCGACCCCGACAAUCCCGCCGCAAGAUUCGACAACGAGGAGCGACGACGUCAGGGGAAGGCGACUUCAUACAAGAAGACUUGCGAUGCGAUUAUGCAGCAGUCGUUUCCUGAUCUCUACGCAGAUGACCUGAGGAGAACGCUGGCUGAGCACGGCAAUUGUCUUUAUCCUGCAUUCUUGGCCGUGACUGCGACCGUUGCUAGUAUCAACAAUCGUCCGCCCUACAGGAAAAAGUCCAGAGCCACCCAGAUUUCCGGCCGAUACGGUGUGGAUGCACUGGCCGACCGCAUACGUACUUGCGUCGACCAAGGGGAACGCGAGGCGUUGGAGGAAUUCCGGGCCGUGACAGAGUUCCAGUCAAAACAGCGCGCAGAAUCCGAGGUCGAACGGAAACGAGAUGCAGACGAAAAGGCCAACCUGGAAGCCGCCAUGCUGGAGGGAAAUGUUGCUGACUGCGGGUGUUGCUUCUACCGCCUGGACUGCAUGUCCACGGAUGGCUGCACGGGCGGCUUCGCAUUGGAUCAAAAGGAGAUUUUUCUCGAUGGACACUCCAUGACGGCUUUGGACCGCAUCGAGCAGGAGGCGGUUCUGCGAGAAGCAGGGAUCGAGAACCUUGAAACAUGUCCUCUGUGUCCAUUUGCUGCGGAAUAUCCUCCCAUCGAAGAGGACAAGGAGUUCCGGUGCCUUAACCCAGAUUGCGCUGUUACAAGCUGUCGAUCGUGCAGGAAAGAGACUCAUGUUCCGAAGACAUGUGCGGAGGCAGCAUUGGAUAACGGCCACUCUGCUCGGCACGAGAUCGAAGAAGCAAUGUCAGCAGCUCUGAUACGGAUGUGCAACAAAUGCCAGGCACCCUUCAUCAAGGAAAACGGCUGCAACAAGAUGACAUGCACGAAAUGUCGAAAUAUCCAGUGCUACGUCUGUUCCAAGUCGUGCGACUACAGCCAUUUCAACGACGCCAGCAGGGGCGGAAAAACAGGUAACUGCCCAUUGUUCGACGACGGCCACGGUGUCGAGAAGCGGCACCGAGAAGAAGUCCGAGUGGCAGAGGAGAAAGCCAGGAAGAGAGCGCUGGAGAUGCACCCAGAAGUCCAAGCCGAGCUACUCGAAUUCCAACUGUCUGAGAAGGUCAAGAAGGACGAGGAGGAAAAGGCUUCAGCUCCGCAACACCCCAUCCAUCAUCGUCAUCACCAUCACCACCGGCUAGGGGGCCGCCUGGGAAGAUUGGUACGUUUGAAUAUCGGGCUUGAGCGCCCCGUCGACCACGCACCUGGACAAGCUCAGCCACAGCCUCCUCAUCCUCCUAAUCCUGCCGCCGCCCGCGCCGCUGCCCAUCUCCAAGGCCGGCAACCGCCUGCAGUGAAUGCUCCCGUGCGUCCAAUGCUCAAUGGCCCCAGAGCCCCUCCCGCUGUCGCCGCACCGCGACGUCGUCCGCACGCCCAGCCCCCGGCCCAGCCCCGGCUCCCGGCCCCCGUGGCUCAAGUUGCCGUACCUCCUGCUCCUCGUGGCAACAUGUUCAGCCCGCGAUCUCAGGGUCGGCACGCACAAAUUGCAGCGGCCCCCGGGGUUCCUGCAUUCCAGGGUGCUGACCUUGCGGACCUCUGGCCUCAGGACCAAGUACCUCCCAUUGCACAACGUGCGCCACAAGCUCAAGUGCAACCGUUCAUUGAUCCGCGGGCUGUGUUUGGCCAGCCUCAAGCACCAGGGGUGGGGUUAUGGGAUAUGAUGCAGAACAUGCAGCCUGCAGCCCUUCCGGUGAACGCGAUGGACCAAGCGAUGGCCCAAUUCGGCGGUCUCUAUGACCAUUACAGACAGAGUGAGCAUCCUAUGGCCUCACCUGUCAGUAACGGUCGGGCUGGAGACGCUAAUCAAAUCGAUCACAGGAUUGGGACUGCAGCGAGCGCGGAGCCAGCCAUGAACGACCCCAUGGGCCUGUGGGACGCCGGUGGACAUUUGGGAAUGCCAGAAGACCUUGCAAACAUGGCGAUGAAUCUGGACGACAUGGAGCGCCGUCCCGAUGAUCUGGAGUACGCGAGCCUCAUCUGGCCUGACUUCGACUUUGCGCAGCCUCAAUUUGGCUUGGAUGACUUGGCGUUUAGGUGA